GAUGUCUGACUUGCCGCCCCGCCCACCCGACUUAACCCCUGAGCUCCCAGGCACUGACAAUAUUAGCCGGGAGCUAAGUGGUUAAAGGAGCGGGCGGAGAGCGGACCGGGGCGGGGAAGAGAACAGCCUCUAUCAAUCUGACCCGUCUCUUCCUAGUGCCGUUGUGACAGCGAGGCUCCGGUGUAGUCCAGGUAUCGGCGCUCGCUGCCUGACCACCCUCAGGAUGCCCACUAACUUCACUGUGGUUCCUGUGGAGCAGCAGGACGGUGUCGCGGAGACUGAGCUCGGGGCAGCGGGACAGGAGGAGGGCGGCAGACAGAGGAGUCAUAGUGAGGAGUCUUUGUUGGGAGAUGGAAAUCCCAGAGAAAGUAGCCCCUUUAUUCAUAAUGAAGCUGAAAAUGACAACUUCUAUGAUGGAAAAAACAUGGCUCUUUUUGAGGAAGAAAUGGACAGCAAUCCAAUGGUGUCUUCAUUACUGAACAAGCUUGCAAAUUACACAAACUUACCACAGGGCGUCAAAGAACAUGAAGAGUAUGAGGAUCGAAAAAGAAAGGAAACUAAGGAGAUACGAAUGGGAACCUUUAUUGGAGUAUACUUGCCAUGUUUACAGAACAUACUUGGCGUAAUACUUUUUCUACGACUAACGUGGAUUGUAGGAACAGCCGGAGUACUUGAAUCUUUUUGCAUUGUUCUUAUGUGCUGUUCAUGUACAAUGUUAACUGCUAUAUCUAUGAGUGCAAUUGCAACCAAUGGAGUUGUACCAGCUGGUGGAUCAUAUUAUAUGAUUUCAAGAUCUUUAGGUCCAGAAUUUGGAGGAGCUGUAGGACUUUGCUUUUAUUUGGGCACCACUUUUGCUGGAGCUAUGUACAUUCUUGGAACAAUUGAAAUCCUCUUAACUUAUAUAUCACCCAAUGCUGCCAUAUUCCCAAUAGAAAAAGAUAAUCCUCAAGCCAUGUUUAACAACAUGAGAGUUUAUGGGACAUGCAUAAUUGCCAUAAUGGCUAUAGUAGUAUUUGUUGGUGUUAAGUAUGUAAACAAACUUGCUUUAGUAUUUCUUGCCUGUGUGAUUCUGUCCAUUCUGGCCAUAUAUGCUGGAGUAAUCAAAUCUGCAUUUGAUCCACCAGAUUUUCCCAUAUGCCUUCUAGGUAAUCGUGUAUUGGCAGCACGAAAUCUUAAUGUUUGUGCCAAAAACAUUUCCAAUGAUACAAUUAAUGAUUUCUUUUGGAAUAAAUUUUGUACAUCUGGAAACCACAGUCCAUCCUGUGACAGCUAUUUUUUGGCAAAUGAUGUAACUGAAAUACAAGGCAUUCCUGGAAUUUCUAGUGGCGUUCUACUCGAUAAUCUGUGGAGUGCAUAUAGUCCAAAAGAAUCAAUAGUUGAGAGAAACCAAACAUCAGCUGCUUCAGGAGAAAGUCCAAAAUCAUACAGUCAAAACUAUGUCUUGACAGACAUUAUGACUUACUUCACAAUGCUAGUUGGAAUUUACUUUCCCUCUGUGACAGGUAUCAUGGCUGGUUCUAAUAGGUCUGGAGAUUUGAAGGAUGCACAGAAAUCUAUCCCUUCAGGAACAAUAUUGGCUAUUGUAACUACAUCUUUUAUAUAUUUGUCUUGUGUAGUAUUAUUUGGUGCAUGCAUCGAUGGUGCGCUUCUGCGUGACAAAUUUGGUGAAUCUGUUAGUGGCCAGCUUGUAAUAGGUAUUUUGGCUUGGCCAUCUCCUUGGGUAAUUGUUAUUGGUUCUUUCUUCUCUACUUGUGGUGCUGGACUCCAGAGUUUGACAGGAGCACCUCGUCUUCUACAAGCCAUUGCAAGAGAUGGAAUAGUGCCUUUCCUUCAGGUGUUUGGUCAUGGAAAAGCCAAUGGAGAACCAACAUGGGCUCUGUUACUGACAGCAGGCAUAUGUGAAAUUGGUAUUCUCAUUGCUUCUUUGGAUAGUGUUGCGCCAAUAUUGUCAAUGUUUUUCUUGAUGUGUUACAUGUUUGUUAACCUGGCUUGUGCUUUACAAACAUUGUUGCGAACACCAAAUUGGAGACCGCGGUUUAAAUACUAUCACUGGACACUUUCAUUUGUGGGAAUGAGUUUAUGCCUUGCUUUAAUGUUCAUUUGCUCUUGGUAUUAUGCGUUAGUUGCUAUGCUGAUUGCUGGAUGCAUCUAUAAGUACAUCGAAUAUAGAGGCGCUGAAAAAGAAUGGGGAGAUGGAAUACGAGGACUGUCCUUAAAUGCAGCUCGCUAUGCAUUGCUACGUGUUGAACAUGGAACAAUGCAUACUAAAAAUUGGAGACCUCAGAUUUUGGUGCUACUCAACCUCGAUUCAGAGCAGAAUGUAAAACAUCCCAGACUGCUUUCACUAACAACUCAGCUUAAGGCUGGAAAAGGACUGACCAUUGUGGGCUCUGUGCUGCAAGGCACAUUUCUGGACAAACAUGUAGAAGCACAGAAAGGAGAAGAAAAUAUCCAAGCAUUAAUGACUGCUGAGAAGACGAAAGGAUUCUGUCAACUAGUUGUUUCAUCAAAUCUACGUGAUGGCAUGUCGCAUUUGAUUCAGUCAGCUGGACUUGGUGGCAUGAAACACAACACUGUUUUAAUGGCUUGGCCCCAAGCAUGGAAACAGCCUAACAACCCUUACAGCUGUAAGAAUUUUGUUGAUACAGUACGAGAUGCUACAACAGCUCAGCAAGCAUUACUUGUGGCAAAGAACAUUGAUUCAUUUCCUGCCAAACAAGAGCGUUUCAGUGAGGGGAAUGUUGAUAUUUGGUGGAUUGUUCAUGAUGGUGGAAUGCUAAUGUUGCUUCCUUUUUUACUACGCCAACAUAAAGUUUGGAGAAAAUGUAGAAUGCGGAUAUUUACUGUUGCCCAUAUGGAUGAUAAUAGUAUUCAGAUGAAAAAAGAUCUUCAGAUGUUCUUAUAUCAUCUACGCCUUGAUGCUGAUGUUGAAGUAGUAGAAAUGUUUGAAAAUGAUAUAUCUGCAUUUACAUAUGAGCGGACAUUAAUGAUGGAGCAAAGAUCUCAAAUGCUAAAACAAAUGCAGCUGUCUAAGAACGAAAGAGAAAGAGAGGCACAGCUUAUCCAUGACAGAAAUACAGCAUCCCAUUCAGCAGUGGUGGACAAAUCAAGUGCUGCUACACCAGAAAGAGUUCAAAUGACAUGGACUAAAGAAAAACAUAUUGCUGAAAAACAUAAAAUUAAAGACCUUAAUGCAGCAGGCUACAGGGAUCUUUUUAAUAUGAAACCAAAUCAGUCAAAUGUAAGAAGAAUGCACACUGCUGUAAAGCUGAAUGAAGUUGUGCGUACUAGAUCUCAGCAUGCACAGCUGGUUUUACUAAAUAUGCCAGGACCACCUAAGAGUAAACACGGUGAUGAAAACUAUAUGGAGUUCUUAGAGGUUUUGACAGAAGGUUUAAACAGAGUGCUUCUUGUACGUGGCGGUGGUAGAGAAGUAAUCACCAUUUACUCUUAAGAAUCCAAGAAGAAAUUUACAUAUGAAAAGCACACUGAAUAGGAAAAACAAAGACUGCUAACUUUAUUUGUUUCUAAAUACUUGAAAUUGUAUACCACGUUUGGUAUAUUUUUGGUUUAAACUUUCUAAAAUAGUAUUUUUCUGCAUUUCUCGAUUUUAUUAUAAAUCAAAUAAUUUCUUAUAAAUAUGCAAUACAUUUUACAGCAUGUGAAUAGAACAAAAUGAUUACGUUUUAGAAAAUGCAAUUAAAUAAACAUUGUAAAUACCAAGUUGCAUUUGAAAACUCCUGCACUAUAGAAACAAUAUGAUUUAAACUGAAUUAUGUUGCAUUAAAUAGCCCUAAAAUGUAAACAUUUCAGUACUUUGUAUGUAUGGUUAGUCUUCCAUACAUGGGUUCUAGCAGGUGUGUGAAUCUACUUAAAGUGGACGUAAAUCCUCUUAUUGUUUUCAGCCAAGGAAACUGCCAUGAUGCUGCAUGUGUGAUCAGUUCUGAUUCCAGCAAAUUGGAUGGUUUGACAGUUUGAUUGAAAGCACAACCAAUGUGACAGUUACAUUCCUGGCUCAUGCAGGGAUUGUAACUGUUUUUCGAAACUGUUAAAUUGGGUUUACUUCUGCUUAAAGCUUAGUUCACAUGAACUUCAACUUGUAAAGGGCAGCGUGAACAGCAUGCAUUUACAAAGCAUUUUCAGAACUUUCAGCAAACUUUCUUGGAUCUUAAAAAAAAUGCUGCUUGUAGAAGAGUUUUGUGUUUUGCCUAUAGAAGCAGCUCAAUGUUUUACUAUGUGUCCAUGCACAUUAGGACGUUUAGAGGGAUAGUUUUAGCUCAGAGUUUAGAGAAGGAGAAAAAAACUUCUGUUUUGUGUUUUUUGACAGAAUAAAACACUGAAUGCUUCUAAGCUCUCUUAAAAGCUUUUAAACUCCUUUACAAAAAAUACUCUAUGGCUUCAUGUACACUGGGCUUUAAAAAAGGGCAGCUCCGUUUUUCAGAAAAAAAAUUCUCAUCCAGAGCAUUUUUGUGCAGUUUAGUGUUUUUUUUCUGCCAGAAAGCUCCAAUCACAAAUGCAAAUCAGAAGGGUUUUUGUUUCCUUUCUCUAAACACUGAGCUUAAAAUAUGCCUCUAAAUGUCCUAAUGUGCAUGGCCACAUUAGGAUAAGAUUGAGCUGUUUCUAUAGGCAAAACACAAAAACUUCUAUAGAAACAACUAUUUUUAGGCCAGUGUGCAUGAAGCCUUAAUUAGCGUUUUUGGUUUUUUUUCUGCCAAGAGAACUGGUGUCCGUGCGAUUCUGCCUGUGGUCUCAAAACACACUACAAUCUCAAAACGCAGGUUCAGGUACCAUUAACUUUAAUGGCACCCGAAAUGUGGUGCAGAAUCAUUGCCUGAUUUAUCGUGCAGAAAAUCGCAUAAAGCUAGUCACACAAAAGAAGCUCCUGCUCCAUUUUGGGUGACAAGCUAGAUGCAAUGUGAUUUGCUGUGUGACAAUCGCACCAAAAUCAAACCAUUUUAGGUUCCAUUUAAAAUAAUGGCACCUGAUCCUGCGUUCUGCGAUUGUAGUGCGUUUUGAGAUUAUAAAGUACCAAGCAGCACCAGUUUGCAUUGUGAUUUGCUGUGUGACAAUCGCACCAAAAUCACACUGUUAAAUACAGAUCCUAGUGGUAAAGGUUACUUUAAACAAAUUGCUAGCAGGCUUCAGUGCAGCUUAAAUCAUGUUUAAAGUAGGAAUAUAGAAAAAAAAACAAUCCAAGGAA